AUAUACCAAACGGCCUACCCUGAUAUUUAUGACAUGUCAGAACUGUCAGUGUCACGUCGUAUUUUGUAAACAAAAACAGUAACAAAUUAAGAUUAUAUUAUGUAUUUAUUUUCACUUACAAUAUUAGUAUUGCAGUUGGUUAUCGCCCCUGCUUUGCAGAUUCCAGAAAAUUUUUCUAAUACAGGGCAUUCCAAUAAUUGGGCAGUAUUAGUAGAUACAUCACGUUUUUGGUUUAAUUAUCGUCAUGUUGCCAAUGUACUUUCUAUAUAUCGUAGUGUUAAAAGAUUAGGAAUUCCUGAUUCUCAAAUAAUUUUAAUGAUUGCUGACGAUAUGGCAUGUAAUCCAAGAAAUCCAAGACCUGCAACUGUUUUUAAUAAUAUCAAACAACAUAUCAAUGUUUAUGGAGACGAUGUAGAAGUAGACUACAGAGGUUAUGAAGUAACAGUUGAAAAUUUUGUUCGACUUCUCACUGGACGAUUAUCGCCUGAAACACCGAGAUCGAAAAAAUUACUUACAGAUGAAGGUUCAAAUAUACUUAUUUAUCUAACAGGUCAUGGUGGUAAUGGAUUUUUAAAGUUUCAAGAUUCCGAAGAAAUAACUAGUCAAGAAUUGAGUGAUGCUUUAGAACAAAUGUGGCAAAAAAGAAGAUAUCAUGAAAUUUUAUUUGUUGUUGAUACAUGUCAAGCAAGCUCUAUGUAUGAGAAGUUUUAUUCACCAAAUAUUUUAGCCGUUGCUUCUAGUCUUGUGGGAGAAGAUUCUUUAUCUCACCACGUUGAUCCAGCUAUUGGAGUUUAUAUUAUCGACAGAUACACAUAUUAUGCACUGGAUUUUCUAGAAAAAGUAGAACCUUCAAGUUCAAAAAUGCUAAGUGAAUUCCUAAAAGUUUGUCCUAAACAUUAUUGCCUUUCCACUGUUGGCGUAAGGACAAAUUUAUUUAGAAGGGAUCCUGCAUCCGUGCCGGUCACAGAUUUCUUUGGAUCUCUAAGACCAGUAGAAUUGACAAACAAUAUUGUUCAUGUUAUUCCUGAAAAUUGCAGCCAAAUAAAAAAUGAAGAACCUAUUAGUAAAUAUAAGUAUAUUCCAUUGUUUCCAAAAAUAUCGUCAAUUGUGAAUAAUGUGUAAAUAAUAUUAUUUAAAUAUUUAUAUGGUUAAAUAUAAGAUUUUACUUAAAAA